AUGGGGACUUCUUCCUAUGACAUGGUAUUUGGAAAGGCAUGCCAUCUACCACCAAAGUUUGAAGACCAAGUAUAUUGGGUGAUCAAGAAGCUGAAUCUUGAACUUGAGUUAGCCGGUAAGAGAAUGAUAGGACAACUACAUGAACUUGAGGAGUUUAGGCUCCACGUAUAUAAAAAUGCAAAGAUUUAUAAAGAAAAUAUGAAGAAGGGGCAUGGCCAAAAUAUCAUCCCUCGCACUUUUGAUCUGAACCAGCAAGGUUUACUAUUCAACUUGCAACUGCAGUUGUUCCUUAGAAAACUGAGGUCAAAGUGGAGUGGGCCAUUCGAAGUUGUGCGGAUGACACCACAUGGGGCUAUGGAGCUACAGAAUUAA